AUGCCGCUCUCGAAGGAUGCCAUGCUCCUUAUGAAGGAGCCCCUGCCCACAGCACAGGCCCCACUUCCCUGGAUCCUCCCGAGCUUAUUUGCCGCCUUCAAUGUAGUGUUGUUGAUCCUUCUCAGUGGCCUCUUCUUUGCAUUUCCUUGCAGGUGGCUGGCCCAAAAUGGGGAGUGGGCCUUUCCCAUCAUCACAAGCCUUCUCUUUGUCCUCACCUUCUUCAGUCUCAUUUCACUCAACUUCUCAGACCCCGGCAUCUUGCAUCGAGGCUCCGACGAUCAUGGCCCCAUGAUGGUGCAUGUAGUGUGGGUGAACCACAGAGCCUUCCGCCUGCAGUGGUGCGGAAAGUGCUGCUUCCACCGCCCACCCCGAACCUACCACUGCCCCUGGUGCAACAUCUGUGUGGAGGACUUUGACCACCACUGCAAAUGGGUCAAUAACUGCAUUGGUCACCGCAACUUCCGCCUCUUCAUGCUGCUCGUGCUGUCUCUGUGCCUCUACUCCGGAGCCGUGCUGGUCUCCUGCCUGGUCUACCUGGUACACACCACCCACCUGCCCUUCUCCACAGACAAGGCCAUCGCCAUCGUGGUGACUGUACCCGCCACCGGCUUCCUGGUGCCGCUCUUCCUGCUGCUGCUGAUUCAGGCGAUGUCUGUGAGCACCGCUGAGCGCUCCUACGAGGGCAAGUGCCGAUACCUGCAGGGAUACAAUCCCUUUGACCAGGGCUGUGUCAGCAACUGGUAUUUAAGCAUCUGUGCACCACUGGGACCCAAGUACAUGGCCAAAGCAGUCUGGCUGCAGAGAGUGGUGCAACACGACUGGGUACCCUUACAGAACCUGCACCUGCACACCCCAACUUGUCCCUCUCCGCCCAGUACCCCGACCCUCCCUAGACAAAGUCCCCAGCCUCAAACUCCAAGUCCCUACAAAUCAGGAAAGGGGCUCCCAGGGAGUGGUGAGAUUUCCAGUCUCCAGGAGGCCAGAGGCCUCCGUUGA